AGAGAGAGAGAGACGGAGCACUCUCACACUAAACCAACACUCUUCGCUUCCAAAUUUCUUCAUUGGCUUGUUCGCCAUCAUUAGCAAGCAAAGUGCCCAAAAGAUUCAUUCGUUUGCUCAAUGCAUCGCUUUUCUUGAUAUUUCAACUAACCCAAGAAGCAGCUACUUGGCAGAAAAGCAGAGUUCUUCAUAUUGAUAACUGGGUCCUACAUAGUUUGGUGAUCAGAUCUUCUUCUUACUGAGGUGGGUGCUACUUUUGCAGUUCAAGGGACAAAAUCUUGAUCGGAUUUUGUCUCCUUUCUUAAAUUCUUGGUCUGGGUUUUCUGCUUUGCUUGGUGGGUUGCUCUGUUUCUUCACUCUUGCUCUUGAGCAAUUGCAUCAGCAUAGAGCAUCAUCAGAAUAAAUCCUGUGUUCAGAUUUGAGCUUGGUUUGGUUCUUGCUGUGCUUUAUUUCAUUUGGGUUUGUGAGAGAAAAAAAAUGGAAGAAGAUCAAGAAUUACAGCAUGUGUGCAAGAUAUGUAGCAAGAACUUCCUCUGUGGCAGAUCCUUGGGGGGCCACAUGAGGUCUCAUCUGAUCGACAAUGAACUAGUUGAGACUGAUGAGAAUCUCAAUCUCAACACAAGCAAGCUCUUGUCGAUGAAUACCGGUUAUGGGCUCAGGGAAAAUCCAAAGAAGACAUGGAAAGGAGCAGACUUUUGUGAGGAGACUUCUGUUUCAGUUUCGGUCCAAGAGAGGUUUUGCAGAGAAUGUGGCAAAGGGUUCCAGUCGUGGAAGGCUUUGUUCGGCCACAUGAAACGCCACUCAGAGAAAGAAAAAGUUUCUGGUAGCUUGGGAGGCCAAGACGGUUAUGACCAGAAGCAGCUUUCGAGAGAUGGCCAAUCCAAAGGCAAAGAAGCGACGAUUCUCAAUAGGAGAAGGAGAUCAGAAAGAAGAAAAAGACUCGUGGCAAGUGCAGCUGCAACUAAUUCUUCUUCUUUGUCGUUUGCAACUGCUUCCUCUUCUGCUUCUGAGAUUGAUCAGCAAGAGCAAGAGGAAGUGGCCAUGUGCUUGAUUAUGCUCUCUAGGGAUGUGAAAAUCAGUAGUUCUCUGUGGGGAUGCGAAAAGGAAGCGAAGAUGAAAAUGAAGGAUCUCGAGGAAAAGAAUAAUUUAGAGACACGAACUUCAGAAUUUGAUGAUUCCCAAGUUGAUAGUAGAAUUGCCGAUUUUUUUUGUGAUCUGGCAAAUUCAGGGCAUUGGGACAAGAUGAAUCUGUUGGCUGACAGCAAGCAGUUCAAGAAAGAAGUCCCAUCCCAAUCGGAGUUUUCAAAGAUUAUUUCAGGGAAGAAUCGGAUUGAGGAAGCUGUGGCCGAUCAUGCCGGUCAUCAGUUAGGCAAGACUGAUUCAAGCAAGAGGAAGUUGAUCAGUUCAUAUGAUCCAGAAUUGAAAGUAAAUCUCCUGAAAAAAUGGGAUGCCGAUAUUUCAAACUCCGAAAUUUUGCAUAGUCCUGUCAAGAGAAGCAGAUUCCAGUGUACUAGUUGCAACAAGACAUUUCACUCUUACCAAGCUCUAGGUGGUCAUAGAGCUAGUCACAAGAAAGCAAUGCCUUCCCUCGCGUCAGAAAUCGAGAGCAAUGACAAUAGCAUCGAAACCACGAUCUCUCCUGAUCAAACAGUGGAUAUGAAGCCCUUGAAAUUGCGCAAACCCGAGAGCACUUCCAAUCUCGACAAGGCAGUCGUGUUCAGAAAUGACUUGAAGAUCAAGAGUAAGGAGCAUGAGUGCCCAAUUUGCUUUAAGGUCUUUCUAUCAGGGCAAGCUUUGGGUGGUCACAAAAGAUCUCACUUACUACGCGAACCCAGGACAAGAAAGGAAGAACCCAUCUCCAGCAUUCGGAAUCCAAUCCCAAAGAUUCGGGAAUUCUUGGAUCUCAAUCUUCCUGCUCCUCUUGAUGAAGAAGAGAGAGGACAUGUUGACUUCACUCCAUGGUGGUUGGAGAGAAACUGCAACCCUGAAGCCCUGAUUGGUCUCGUCUCUAACUGAGCUCACUCACACUGGUCUGGUAUGGUUUUGAAGAUCCAAGACUUCUUUGUUUCUGUUUUCUUUUCUUUUCAUUUUUUUCGGAGCUGAAGAUCCAAGAAAUCACAGAUUCUCUGGACAUCAUUUCAUUGAUUUUUUCCUUUCCUCCUCCUUACAGAUUCUAAAGUUUUCCCUUCAGAUUUUGAUACUAAUUCACUGGCCCUCAAACUAGGCCACCCUCAAGGUUGAUAAUAUUUUUAAGUUUCUGUCAACUUCUAAGAAGUUUCUGUGAACUCUCUUCCACUAACGUUUCAGAGCUUGUGAAGUGAGCAAGCAGAGCAUAUCAUUGAUUGCUUAAAGCGAUUAUUCUUUCUUGGCAUCAAAUAGACAUGAAUGAGGUGCUGAAAUUGUUGAGGUUGAGUCAUGAGAUGCAAAAAGCCAAUAUUGUAACUGGGGGGAAGAAGGACCAAGAACCAUGUCAGGUGAGCUCAAGGUGGUUGCUCUGUCACCUACCAUCAAAACAUGACAGCCCAUCUCACUUCCUAUUCAUUUAAUUAUGGAGUUUAGAAUAUAUAUACUAAGCCAUGUCAACACAUGCUUUAUCUUAGAGAGGGU